AAACCGCCGUGACUAAAUAAUACCAUUUCUGGGCACCAGCGGUUUUGAAGAAAAAAGAAAAGAAAAACCACUGAUUCUCAUGCACACGCCUCUCUUUAAAUCCCCCCCGAUCACCAACAACAACUUGCUAGGACAACAACUCCAUUAGUCCCUCUCUCUCUCUUUUUUCUUUCUUCGCUCUGCAAAUUCAUGGAGUUUUUUCUUUUGCAGAGCUCUCAAACUGAAAAACAAUGAGCACAUAAAGAAAGUAAAUAAAAAAAAAAAAAAAAAGUACCCCACUAAGAAAAAGAUAGUCGAUAAAGAAAGGGUAGUACACCAAUAAGUAUUCAUCAAAGCUUAUUUUGGUUUUUUAUCAAAGCUCUUUCUGGAUUAUGAGUAUUGUCUGUAUCUAGAUUUUGAUUCUUUUUCAUUUGAGUAAGUUGUAGUAGUUGUUUGAAGAAAUAACAAAAAUACAAACUUUUCUUGUUUCCUUGUCUGGUUUUGAUCAUUGUGGAGAGAUUCUUUUGCUGCUGAAAACCAAGUUAACUUCUACUCAUUUAUUGAGGUGCUAGUGCUCUAAUAUCAUGGAAGUUACUGAAAUCUAGUCAAGAUUUUUCAGUAUCACUCUUCUUCUUUUUUUCUUGCAAGUGUUAUUGAGGUUCAACCGAAUGCCGUGGAAAAGAUCAAGAACAUUAACAAACAGUAGCAAUAAACAAGUUCUGAUGGCAGAAAAUAGUACUUCUUUAUCAUCUCCUACCAGCAAACACUUGAGACCCAUUUCAUCAUUCUUCAGUUCCCCAAAGUUCUUUGCUACAGUUUUUUCACCAAAGGGGGGUAACCAUUCUUCUGAUCAAACAACUGAAUCUUCUACAAUGAGUCCUACUUCAAUACUAGAUACAAAACCCUUUUCUAGUUUUGUAAACCCAUUUGCCAAACCUAGUUACGAAAAAAAAAAUCAACAUCCAUGGGAGAAGAAGUUGGAUUCAGGUGGUAUUGGUCUUGGUAUUGUCGAUGCUUUAAAUGAAGAAUUAGACCCUCCAUCAAAACCUGAUACUAGCAGAAUGGUUUUAUUUGGUUCACAAUUGAAAAUCCAAAUCCCUGUUCUUCAAUCCAAUUCAGUUUUAUCACCAUCUGAAUCACCAAAAUCUCCCACUGAUUUUGGAAUUAAAACUAAAAAGGAUUGUCAAUUUGGGUCUGCUAAUUCUGGGCUCGAUCAGGUAAAUGGAUCAUCUCCUGGCAGGGUUUUUAUUGGCUGUUUGUCAGCAAGUGAAAUGGAACUCUCUGAAGAUUACACUUGUGUUAUUGCUCACGGUCCUAAUCCUAAAACUACUCAUAUUUUUGAUGAUUGCAUUGUCGAGAAUUGUUGCGGUAGUAUUGUUGGAUUUUCGUCUUCUUUUAAGAAACAAAAUGGAUUCUCUACUAGCGUUAAUUCUCCGACUUACUCAUCAUCAGCACAGAAUUUCCUUAGCUAUUGUUACAAUUGCAAGAAAAAUCUUGGCCAAGGAAAUGACAUUUUCAUGUACAGAGGUGAGAAGGCAUUUUGCAGUCAUGAAUGCCGCUACCAAGAAAUGGUGCUUGAUGAAGGGACGGACAAGUAGCGUUCCUGAUUCUUCUGCUGCCCUGCCUUGUUUUUCCUACUUGAAUAAUUUUGUAAAAAAAAUUAGCAGCUUUAAAUGUUGUUUAAGUAUUAGAUAAUGAUGUCUGUAAUUUUUUCUUGAUUUUUCAAUGUGUAUCUCAUUAUCAAGAAAAGAAAAGGAAAAAAAAUAAUCAACUGGAAACCCCAAGUUAUUAUUAGUUAGGCAAUCUAUCAUGAUUUUGUAGUUUGAUCACUAGUAAGUAGAUUUUCUUUCUCCAAUAACAUGAAUAAUUGAAGGAAUCAAGAGUGAUGAGAAAGAGUUUGAUGUUGAUUAAUUGAUAAGAUGAGAAAGAAAAAUGAAUAUUUUGCUGUGUUUGGAUUUUGUCCACAGUUUUUUGGCAAUAUUGAAAGUGUUGUUGUUGAUGA